GGAGCGGAAACCGUAUUGGACCGAAGUUUAGCCGGACGGGUCUCUCUUGACCAUCGGGGUUGAUAUGAUUGGGUCCGAAAGGUCGUCAUGGGCAUCAUCCGUCGCCAAACUCGAAGUCGAUCCGACCGAGACUCCCUAGCCCUCGCCGAUUGUCUCUACGGCCCAUUCGCGAUGGCUUCAAAAAUUGCACCGGCGUUCUUCAGGAAUGCCACGCGCUCAACAUGUCGAGCUCCCCGGUCGCAACUUCGGGCCUUCACGGCCGGCUGCUCAAGAAGAAGUGAAUCCCUCGCCGUGCACCGGAACACCCCCGACAACAACCCCGACAUACCGUUCAAGUUCUCGGCCAAGAACGAGACGCUCAUCGCCGAGAUCCUGAAGCGCUAUCCGCCGCAAUACAAGAAGGCGGCCGUGAUGCCGCUGCUCGACCUGGGCCAGCGCCAGCACGGCUUCACAUCCAUCUCGGUCAUGAACGAGGUGGCGCGGAUUCUCGAGAUGCCCCCCUCGCGAGUCUACGAGGUGGCCUCGUUCUACACCAUGUACAACCGGACGCCCGUCGGCAAAUUCUUCGUCCAGGCUUGCACGACGACGCCCUGCCAGCUCGGCGGCUGCGGCAGCGACGUGAUCGUCGAGGCGAUCAAGGAGCAGCUGGGUAUCAAGCAGGGAGAGACGACGCCAGACGGCCUCUUCACCUUCAUCGAGGUCGAGUGCCUCGGUGCCUGCGUGAACGCCCCCAUGAUCCAGAUCAACGACGACUACUACGAGGACCUGACCCCCGAGACCACAAAGCAGCUGCUGGCAGCGCUCAAGGAGAGUGCCACGUCGCCCGGGAAGAACGUCAAGGUGCCGGCCCCCGGCCCCCUGAGCGGUCGGCGGACCUGCGAGAAUAGCGCCGGCCUGACGAACCUGACGAGCCGGCCUUGGGGUAUCGAGACCACAAGGGAAGACCUGUAGUAAGCUGGGAUGGGACUAGGGUAGGGUUAUUAGAGCCUCGGCGCAUACGCAGUAGAGA